AUGCGGACGCGCUUUGUCUGGUGGGUGCGCAACGACCUCCGCCUACACGACAACCCUUGCCUCGCCCGCAUCCUCGCGCACAAGGGCGAGGCGGAGGCGCGUCGCUCCCGAGACGCUUCCGAGAGCUUCCAUGUGUUGCCUGUCUUUUUGUUUGACCCGCGGCAGUACCGGCGCACGGCGCGCGGCUGCGACAAGACGGGCCCCUUCCGCGCCAAGUUCCUGUACGAUUCCGUCCUCGACCUGCGCCAGCAGCUGCGCGGCAUCGGCAGCGACUUGCUCGUCGCUCCUCGCGGCGAGGGCGACACGCAUACGACGAUCCUCUGCCAGGAGCAAGUCACGUCCGAGGAGCUUCGGGUGGACCGCGCGCUCCGCUCGGCGCUGCCGGCGGGGAGCUGCCAGUUCAAGCCCGUGUGGGGCGGCUCGCUGAGCGAGCUGCCCUACCGGCAAGAUCUCUCCGACCUGCCGGACGGCUUCACGCCCUUCCGCAACAAGGCGGGGAGGCCGGUGGAGAGCCGGUGCGAGGUGCGGGCGCCGAUCAAGCGACCGGGCAACGGAGACCUGCCGCUGCCGCCCGCCGACGCGCUGGCGGCGGCGGCGCCUCUCAGCUGCACGGCGCUGCCGCCGUUGCCAGAGAUUGGGCUGAGCGAGGCGGCCCUCGGGGAGGCGUCUCGAACCCUGAGGCGUGACGCCGCGCCGGACCCGCGAGGCGUGAUGCCGUUCCCUGGCGGCGAAGCCGCCGCCCUCGCCAGGCACUACCUCGCCAUCUCCUUAGCCGCUCCCUGGCUCAAGCACUACCUCUGGGACAGCGACGCCCUCGCCACCUACUUCGAGACGCGCAACGGCAUGCUCGGCGCGGACUACUCGUCCAAGUUCGCGCCGUGGCUCGCGCAUGGCUGCCUCUCGCCGCGACAGGUGGCGCACGAGUGCCGCAGGUACGAGGGCGCACGCGUGCAGAACAAGUCCACGUACUGGAUGGGAGGGCCGAUCGGGUCGCACCAGUCGUGGCGCUCCGACGCGCAGCUGCUCCAGCGCUGGAAGGAUGGCGAGCUCGGCGUGCCGCUCGUCGACGCAAACAUGCGCGAGCUCAAGGCGACCGGGUUCAUGUCGAACCGCGGGCGGCAAAACGUCGCCUCCUACCUCGCCCUCGACCUGCAGCUCGACUGGCGCGAGGGCGCCGAGCACUUCGAGGCGCUCCUGCUCGACUACGACGUCUGCUCCAACUGGGGCAACUGGGUCUCGGCGGCGGGGCUGACCGGAGGCCGCGUCAACCGCUUCAACAUCGUCAAGCAGUCCAAGGACUACGACACCGACGGCGCCUACGUGCGCCACUGGCUGCCAGAGCUCAAAGAUGUGCCGUCGCAGUUUGUGCACGAGCCGUGGAAGAUGGGGCGGGCCGAGCAGGAGAGGUUCGGCUGCCGCAUCGGGACGCACGGCGACGCCGCCUCCGACUACCCCAACCCGCCAAAGAUUUCCCCGCUUGCAUCAUAUCAUGGUUUUCGCCAUGAUAUUAUGGAGUCAUGA